AUGACUGAAAACCUCAAGGUUUCCUUCCUGACUCGGACUUCCGCUUUCACAGACCUACUUUGGCCCGGUCUGCAGUCUGUACCGCAGCCUGGCCUGAAUGGAAGAGUCGGCAACGUCUUCAUUGCCAAACAGGUCGGAGGUGGUGCGUCAGUAAACGCCAUGAUGAACAUGCGUGGCUCGGCCGAGGACUACGACCGUUGGGCUAGCCUCUUCGGAUCCGAGGCUCAGCAGGGAACUGCCGACUGGAGCUGGGAUGGCAUCUUGCCGUUCUUCAAGAAGGGCCUUCACUUCACUGAGCCACCUCCUGAGUUGACCGACAACUUUGACAGCGUCAAGUAUGACGCCUCUUUCUGGGGAGACUCGUCGGAGAUCUACGCGGGAUGGCCCCGGUUCUACUACCCGGGUGUCAAGCCCCUUGUCGAAGCCUUCAAGGAGAUCGACGGAGUAGAGUUCCCGGCCGACAGCGGUGCCGGAAAGCCCGGUGUCUUCUGGUUCCCCACGCUCAUGGAUCCCCGAACCGUCACCCGCUCCUAUGCUGGCACGGGUCACUACCUCAACGUUAACGCCACUCGUCCGAACUAUCACCUUUUGCUCAACACUCAGGCCCGCAAGUUGAUCCUUGACGACCAGCUCUCCGUCACAGGAGUUGAGUUCCCAUCGGGAAACAACAGCUUCGUCACUGUUACUGCAAAGAAGGAGGUCCUCCUUGCUGCCGGUGCUGUUCACACUCCCCAGCUCUUGCAGCUCAGCGGUAUCGGUCCCAAGAGCCUUCUCGAGGCUGGUGGCAUUGAUAUCCUCGUCGACCUCCCUGGCCCCUAUUCUAUUGCAUUGACAAACUUGGCCGGCUGGCUCCCGUUCACCGCUGUGUCUGAACGGGCUGAGGAGCUCGCCACCAAGUUAGAGCAACAGGACUUUGCUAGCCUGCUGCCGACCGACACCGAAACCACAGUUGUCGCUGGUUUUGAAGCGCAGAUGAAGAUCCUGGCUGCACAGAUGCGUUCCAAGGACACAGCAUUCACUCGCAUGCAGUUGAUCGCGAACCAGGGUUCUCAGGGCCCCGUGGCAAUGCAGUCCUUCAGCCGUGGCACCAUCAACAUUAAUACGACUGACCCGUGGAACACUGAGCCCGUUAUCGACUACCGCUCCUUGUCCAACCCUCUCGAGGCCGAUUUCUUCGUCGAAUCAAUCAAGUUCCUCCGCCGUUACAACUUCAACACCUCUUUAGCUACCGAGUUCGCCCCUGUCGAGUACGCUCCCGGUCCUGAGGUCACCUCGGACGAGGACCUCAAGGCCUACAUUGCCGGUGCCAUGUCGCCGACUGACUACCACCCCGUGGGAACUGCAUCUAUGAUGCCCCUGAAUCUGGGGGGUGUUGUCGAUCAGACUUUGCGGGUGUACGGAGUGAAAAGCUUGAGAGUCGUUGACGCCAGUGUUAUGCCCAUGGUUCCUAGCGCCAAUACAUGCCAGCCUACCUACGCUUUGGCCGAAAAGGCCGCCGAAAUCAUCAAGCAAGGCAUCUAG